AAAAAAAAAGGGGGAAAGAGAAGAAAAACCCCAAUAAUGGAGGACAAGUGUGGAGAGCCAUUGGAUAUUGCAGAUGAAAGAGAGAAGGAAGAGGCAGCAUGGAGAAUCCCGAUGCUUUACUCAGUCUACCAGACAUCACAGCCUACUCCUCUUCUUCCCACCAAUUAUACUAAAAUAAACUAAGCAAUCCUUUCCUUCCUCGCCUCUCUCUUCAAUCCCCAUCAAAUUCUCUCUCUAUGGAAACCCAUAAUCCCAGACCCAACUGACCAAAAAGUCACUCAAAACUUUCCCCGAUCGAAAACCUUAAAUAUAUUUUUAAAAUUCCUGUUUCCCCCCCCUUCAAAUUUAUAUGAUCACCAACAAAAAGCCUAGAUCAUCAGAUACUGACUCUAAUUACAUGAGAGACGAUCGAACUGAAAUGUCCGAAGACGACGACAGAUCUCCUCCCUCCAACUCAAUCACCCAUGAUUCUAGCCCAACCCGGACCUGCACCCCCGGGCCCGGGUCGGGUUCAUCUUCAGUCCCCGAAUUCUUAGCUCCGUACCCGGACCAAGUCCUUGAAAACGUCUUAGAAAACGUUCUCUGGUUCUUAACCUCACGUAAGGACCGAAACGCUGCGUCAUUGGUUUGUAGGUCAUGGUACCGGGUCGAGGCUCUGACCCGAUCCGAUUUGUUCAUCGGUAACUGCUACGCGGUGUCUCCAAAGCGAGCCAUGUCGCGGUUUACCCGAAUCAGGUCGGUGACGCUGAAAGGGAAGCCAAGGUUUGCUGAUUUUAACCUGAUGCCGCCUAAUUGGGGAGCCCACUUCGCGCCUUGGGUCUCUGCUAUGGCAAUGACUUACCCUUGGUUAGAGAAGGUUCAUUUGAAGAGGAUGUCAGUGACGGAUGAUGAUCUGGCUUUGCUUGCGGAGUCGUUUUCGGGAUUCAAAGAGCUCGUGCUUGUUUGUUGUGAUGGGUUUGGUACUAGUGGACUUGCUAUUGUCGUUAGCAGGUGCAGGCAACUCAAAGUGCUUGAUCUGAUUGAAUCAGAGGUAUCAGAUGAUGAAGUGGAUUGGAUUUCGUGUUUUCCAGAUACGGAAACAUGCCUCGAAUCCCUGAUUUUUGAUUGUGUAGAUUGUCCCAUUGAUUUUAAUGCACUGGAGAGGCUGGUGGCUAGGUCCCCAUCACUUAAGAAACUUAGGCUGAACCGAUAUGUUUCGAUUGGACAACUUUACCGUCUAAUGGUUCGAGCUCCACACCUCACACAUCUUGGGACAGGCUCUUUUAGCCCAUCAGAGGAUGUAGCUCAGGUUGAACAGGGACCGGAUUAUGCUUCUGCAUUUGCUGCUUGCAAAUCCUUAGUCUGCCUGUCUGGAUUCAGGGAACUCAUUCCAGAUUACUUGCCUGCAAUAAACCCUGUAUGUGCCAAUCUCACUUCACUGAACUUUAGUUAUGCAGAAGUUAGUGCAGAACAGCUCAAACCAAUCAUAAGCAACUGCCACAAGCUUCAGAUUUUCUGGGUUCUUGAUUCAAUAUGCGAUGAAGGACUACAGGCUGUGGCUGCAACAUGCAAGGAGCUACGAGAGCUUCGGGUCUUCCCUGUUGACCCUAGGGAGGACAUUGAGGGCCCUGUUUCUGAAGUGGGCCUCCAAGCAAUUUCAGAGGGUUGCAGGAAGCUUCAAUCUAUUUUGUAUUUUUGCCAUCGGAUGACAAAUGCUGCUGUUGUAGCUAUGUCAAAGAACUGCCCAGAUCUUGUGGUCUUCCGUCUCUGCAUAAUGGGGCGUCACCAGCCUGAUCAUGUCACUGGAGAACCUAUGGAUGAAGGAUUUGGAGCCAUUGUCAAGAAUUGCAAGAAGCUCACUCGACUCGCGGUAUCUGGUUUAUUGACUGAUAGAGCUUUUGCUUAUAUUGGAAAAUAUGGGAAAAUUGUAAGGACCCUAUCGGUUGCUUUUGCUGGAGAUAGUGACAUGGGGCUGAAAUAUGUGCUUGAGGGUUGUCCCAGAUUGCAGAAGCUUGAGAUUAGAGACAGUCCAUUCGGGGAUGCAGCUCUACUUUCUGGUCUGCACCACUAUUACAAUAUGAGAUUCCUUUGGAUGUCUGCUUGCAAGUUGUCUCGCCAAGGCUGCCAACAGAUUGCUCAAGCGUUGCCUCGGCUGGUGGUGGAAGUGAUUAAGCAUGAAGAUAAUGUGGACAUGGAUGAGUAUGUUGAUACGUUGUAUAUGUACCGGUCUCUUGAAGGGCCAAGAGAUGAUGCGCCACGAUUUGUUUCCAUCUUGUAGGGCAUUUGUGCUACAAGAAGUUGCAUCAGCUGUUCUGAUGGUGGUUAGGGGCAUCUUUUGCUGGAAAUUAAAUCUUGCAGGUACCUUUUACAUAGCCCGCAAGAAAGUCAUGGUGAUCCCUGCAAGAGAAAGUUUGAGUAAAACUUCAGGCCUUGUGCUGUGUUGUUGCAAAUGGCAUUCAAUCCAGAAGCCCUACAAUUUAAGAGGACAGACAUCGAGGGGGCUGAUGUGGAGGUGGAUAUCUCUGCAAGGUAUUGGACCACCCAUUGGAUCUUGUUGUAUUGAUAUGCUUCAAAAUUUUAUGUUUUUUUUUUCUUUUCGAACUCAUUUGAUCAUAAAUGAGAAGGCUGCCCCGGAGGAAAGGGAUGGAUGGGCCUUGAGGCGCAUAAAAUAUUCAAUCUUUUGUCCUUUUGCAUGAAGAAAUCAAGAUGGGUUGGAGGUUUGGAAAAAUUAAGGAUUUUUUCUUCCCCUGCAAGUGCCACCAGUGAAGGAUAAUCAUAAAAAGGCAAAACCAAUGAGCAAGCAUUCGUCAGUUCAAAAGAAUUAAAGUCUUUUAUUUUGAUUCAAAUGGUAUUAGCUAGUCUUGAGGUGUAUAGCUGGUGAGAACUAAAUGCCCGGGCUGAUGCAUCUCUCUCCCUCUCAACGCGUUUUUUUUUUUUUUCCAGUAUGUGUUGUAGCACCUGACUGUUGAAUUUAUCAUUGUUAUUGUUAGCCAAUAUGAUGAUAUGGGUAAUAAAAGCCAGAUAUGCAUGGACCACGCAGCCAGCUUUAGUGGGAAAAA